AUGGUGCUCGAGGCGACAAUGAUCUGCGUCGAUAACUCCGAAUGGAUGCGAAAUGGAGAUUACUCUCCCACUAGGUUUCAAGCUCAAGCGGACGCUGUUAAUCUUAUCUGCGGUGCCAAAACCCAGUCUAAUCCAGAGAAUACGGUGGGAGUAUUGACAAUGGCGGGCAAGGGGGUUCGUGUAUUGGUUACUCCCACCAGCGAUCUUGGCAAGAUCUUGGCUUGCAUGCACGGUUUAGAAAUAGGUGGUGAGAUGAAUUUGGCAGCAGGAAUUCAGGUAGCUCAGUUGGCUCUCAAGCAUCGUCAAAACAAAAAGCAACAACAAAGGAUUAUUGUAUUUGCCGGAAGUCCUGUUAAAUAUGACAAAAAGGUGUUGGAGAUGAUUGGGAGGAAGUUAAAAAAGAACAGUGUAGCUCUUGAUGUUGUCAAUUUUGGUGAAGAGGAUGAAGGCAAGGCAGAAAAGCUUGAGGCCCUGGUUGCUGCUGUAAAUAAUAAUGACAGCAGUCACAUUGUUCAUGUCCCUUCUGGUCCAACUGCUCUCUCUGACGUGCUUAUCAGUACUCCUAUCUUUACUGGUGACGGAGAAGGUGGAAGUGGUUUUGCAGCAGCUGCUGCAGCAGCUGCAGCUGGUGGUGUGUCUGGAUUUGAUUUUGGUGUGGAUCCCAAUCUGGAUCCUGAGCUGGCUCUUGCUCUCAGAGUUUCAAUGGAAGAGGAGCGGGCAAGGCAAGAAGCAGCUGCUAAAAAGGCCGCAGAGGAAGCUUCAAAACCGGAAAAAGGAGGGGAACAAACUUCACAAGAUGCAACGAUGACUGAAAGUUCUGGUGCAGCAACAUCUGAAGCUGAAAACAAGACGACUGAUUUGACGAUUGAAGGAGUUUGUUCACAGGAUGAUGAGAAUGCCCUGCUACAGCAAGCUCUUGCCAUGUCAAUGGAUGUCCCUGCCAGUAGUCUUGCUGUGCGAGACACGGACAUGUCAGAGGCCGCUGCAGAUGAUCAAGACUUGGCACUUGCUCUUCAGUUGUCUGUGCAGGAUAGCACAAAGGAUCAAGCAAGCCAGACAGAUAUGAGUAAGCUGUUGGGGGACCAAUCAUUUGUGUCAUCUAUCCUGGCAUCGCUCCCAGGAGUUGAUCCAAACGAUCCUUCCGUCAAAGAUUUGCUUGCAUCCAUGCAAAAUCAGACCGAGUCCCAGCAGAAGAAGGACGAGGAUAAGGCACCAGAAGAGAAGUGA